GAAGCCCACUUGUGACAGUCAACAUGGCGUUUAGUUUUGGCGGCGCCACGAAUAAUCCAGCGUCAAGCACGUCGGGGUUUUCUUUUGGUCUUGGUGCCAAGACGACAGCAUCAACAUUUGGCUUCAACCCCGCUGCCACCACCACAACCGCCUCAUCGGGGUUCGGCACUCUAACAGCUCCCAGUUUUGGGACAGCCACAACCACUGCUGCUGCACCAGCCACAGGAUUUAGUUUUGGCUCCACCAACACUGGAUUUGGGGGGCUAGGAGCUGGAAGCACCACGGCUGGCGCAUUUGGGGGUUUUGGUACAACUACAACAACUGCUGUUGCACCAGGGUCCAGUUUCAGUUUUGCUGCCCCUUCCAACACUGCAGGAGGUCUGUUUGGUAACACACAGAACAAAGGAUUUGGGUUUUCAUCUGGGCUCGGGACUGGUGCUGCUACUGGAGUAUCGGGAUUUGGAACUGGAUUAGGAACAACUGGCCUGGGUGGAUUUGGAGGUUUUAAUAUCCAGCCAACACAGCAGCAGCAAGCAGGCUUGUUUGGACAGCAGGCCCAGCCACAGGGCCAAACUCAAUCUACCCAUCUUUACCAGCAAGUCACUGCUCUAUCAGCGCCCACUUUAUUAGGAGAUGAGCGUGACUCCAUUCUUGCCAAAUGGAACCAACUGCAGGCCUAUUGGGGCACUGGGAAGGGCUACUACAGCAACAACAACCCACCGGUGGAAUUUACCCAGGAAAACCCUUUCUGCAGGUUCAAGGCGGUGGGAUAUAGCUGCAUCCCAGUGAGUAAGGAUGAGGACGGGUUAGUGGUCCUGGUUCUCAAUAAAAAGGAAGCUGAUCUGCGAGCUCAACAACAGCAGCUGGUUGAGUCCCUCCAUAAAGUCCUGGGAAGCAACCAGACACUAACUGUCAAUGUAGAAGGUGUCAAAGCUUUGCCAAGUGACCAGACAGAAGUGAUCGUUUACGUGGUGGAACGUUCUCCUAAUGGGACCUCCAAAAGAAUCCCAGCUACAACCCUCUUCAGCUAUCUGGAGCAGGCCAACAUUAAGGUCCAGCUCACGCAGCUUGGAGUGGCCAUGUCUGUUACACGCACUGAGCUGUCUCCAGCACAACUAAAGCAGCUGCUGCAAAACGCUCCUGCAGGAGUGGAUCCCAUUAUUUGGGAGCAAGCUAAGGUGGACAACCCAGAUCCAGAGAAGCUGAUACCAGUGCCCAUGGUUGGUUUUAAGGAGCUGCUCCGCAGGUUGCAGAUCCAGGAGCAGAUGACCAAACAGCACCAGACCAGAGUGGAUAUUAUCUCCAACGACAUCAGUGAACUGCAGAAGAACCAGGCGACCACUGUGGCCAAGAUUGCUCAAUACAAAAGAAAGUUGAUGGAUCUCUCUCACAGAGUGCUGCAGGUGCUGAUCAAACAGGAGAUUCAGAGAAAAAGUGGUUAUGCUAUCCAAGUGGACGAGGAACAUCUCAGAGUGCAGCUGGAUACCAUUCAGUCAGAACUCAAUGCCCCCACACAGUUCAAGGGUCGGCUGAAUGAAUUAAUGUCCCAAAUCCGAAUGCAGAACCAUUUUGGAGCUGUGAGAUCAGAAGAGCGCUACAGUGUUGAUGCAGACCUUCUCAGAGAAAUCAAACAACACUUGAAGCAGCAGCAGGAUGGUUUAAGUCAUUUGAUCAAUGUCAUCAAAGAUGAUUUGGAAGACAUCAAACUCAUAGAGCACGGGCUGAGCGACUCUGGACACGUGAGAGGAGCCAUCCUGAGCUGAGUCCACCCGGUCAACACUCUCAGACCCUUUGUAUCUGUUUGCAAAGGGACACUUCUCAACCAGACUACACACCAUAAUAUUAAAAUUGUUAAAAAAGACCAGUUUUGCUGUAGUGUGUGUUUUGUCUUUCCACAUUUUAGCAGGUAUGUCAUUUGCCCCCAUAUCUGUAUCAGCAACUCAUUGACUAGUUAAUCUGUGCUGUCUGAACUGAUAUAGACAGCUUAAUGGAAGGACUCAACGAUGUCUAAUAAUAGCUGGCUACCCUUAUGUUAAAUCAGAUUAUACAUAUGAGACUCCAAAUGCACCUGUUAAGUAAACAACCUAAGGGAUUGAGAGUGUGUCACCAUUUAACACAUGUAAAUACACCUUUGUACUUGUUUUUUUAUGCUAUUAAAACGAUAAUAAAUUUAGUUUCAAUUUAAAA